CUUUCAGUGUGAGCAUGAGCUGAGCUCUCAUUGGUGGAAAGGCUCUGGUGCUGUGGUCCAAUAGGAUUCAGGACUGUACAAAGCAAUCUAGUUCCCGCCCCCACGCAGCUUCAUUUCAGUAUUCAACAGCAAGAGAGGAGAGAGAGAGAGAGCUUGUCCGUGUGCGUGUGCGUGUAUGUGCAGAGAAUACGUUUUUUUGUGAUAUUUUCAUUUAUAAAAAAUCUUCCGAGUCAUGCUCUGUAAAUGGGGACUAUUUUAUCACGGAUUCACAUCCGCGGUGCUGAAUUUCAGGAGGAUUUCUUUGGCCAAAUCGACGAGGAUGUUUGCUUUGUAACGAGCAAGGAUGACAAAGACAAUAGGAUACCGAGACUGGAGAUGGCAGGCUCUUUUGUGGCAUCACGUCUUCCUCUUGUGGACUACAGUGGAUGCGCAGACUCGUUACAGCAUCCCGGAGGAGCUGAAACAAGGGUCUGUGGUGGGAAAUCUAGCCAAAGAUCUGUCUUUGGGACUGUCUGAGAUAUUUGAGCGCAAGCUGCGUGUCGCCUCCGAGGCUGGUAAGCAGUAUUUCAGCGUGGAUGCGGGGAAGGGCGAGCUGCUGGUCAAUGACAGGAUAGACAGAGAGGCUUUAUGCGGACAAAGCGCCAGCUGCGUGCUCCCUCUGCAGGUCGUUGUGGAAAAUCCUUUGCGAUCCCAUCGAAUUGAGGUAGAAAUUAAAGACAUUAACGACAAUUCACCUCGUUUCCCCAUUGAAGAAAAAAAUCUUAAAAUAUCAGAAUCCGUUUCAGUUGGCAGACGUUUUCCUUUAGAGAGUGCAGAGGAUCCUGAUGUUGGAGGGAAUUCUGUGAAAACAUAUACUCUGGUUAAAAAUGAUUAUUUUUCUUUAAAAUUUAAAGACGUGAAAAAUGGAAAAUCAGUGCCAGAAUUAGUAUUAGAUAAAUCAUUGGACAGAGAAAACAUGCCCAUUCAUCAGCUGCUGUUAACAGCACUUGAUGGAGGAAACCCUGUUAAAUCCUCAACGUGUAAAAUUAUCAUUGAUGUGCUCGAUAUUAACGAUAAUUUUCCUGUUUUUGAUGAAAACGAGUACAAGGUUUCUCUAAAGGAAAAUAGCACCAAAGGAACAUUUAUAAAAAGAGUAACAGCUAAAGAUGCAGAUGAAGGCAUUAAUGCUGAGAUUAAAUACUUUUUUGGUACUCGCACUCCAGAAGCAGUUUUAUCAACAUUUGAAAUUAACGAAGUAACAGGACAAAUUGUUUUAAAGGGAGAAUUAGACUAUGAAACAUUCCCAUCUUAUCUGAUUGACAUUACCGCCAAAGACAAAGGUGUGCCUGAAAUGGAGAGUCAUUGUCAGCUACAAUUAGAUGUGGAGGACAUAAAUGAUAACGCCCCAGAAAUUAUUCUGACUUCUAAACCCAGUCCUGUACGAGAAGAUGCUCCAUCUGGCACAGUGGUGGCUUUGAUUAGCGUUAAAGACGUUGACUCUGGUAAUAAUGGAAACGUAACACUGCAGCUCCCUAAAAGUUCUCCUUUUUCCCUGAAACAGUCUUUCUCCCAAAAUUAUGAAUUGGUCACCAGUGGCGCUUUAGACAGAGAGAGAGUGUCUGAGUAUAAGAUUGAGAUCACAGCCACCGAUUCAGGAUCUCCUCCUCUCUCCAGUAAGAAAACGAUAGCCGUCAGCAUCACCGAUGUCAAUGACAACCCUCCUGUAUUCUCCCAGAGUUCUUAUAAUGUUUAUUUAAAAGAGAACGGAGUAGCAGGCUCUAUACUGUACUCGGUGUCUGCAUGCGACCUGGACGCCGGCGAAAACGCCAAAGUGACUUACUUCAUCGUGGACUCUAAAGUGCACGACGUGUCGGUGUCUUCUUACGUCUACAUGAACUCUGAGAACGGCAGCAUCUACAGCAUGCACUCGUUUGACUACGAGAAAGUCAAAGUGUUUCACAUUCAGGUUCAGGCAAAGGACCAGGGCUCUCCAUCUCUCAGCACCAACGCCACCGUCCAUGUUUUUAUCCUGGACCAGAACGACAACGCCCCCGCUGUCAUUUACCCUUCCCCCCACGCGGCCUCCCAUCUCAGGGUUCCCCGUACAGCCAAAGCGGGCCACUUGGUCACCAAGGUGACGGCGGUGGACGCGGACUCGGGUCACAACGCGUGGAUCUCAUACAAAGUCUCGGAGUCCACAGACGCCUCUUUGUUCAUGGUCAGUGUGUACACAGGGGAGGUGAGGACUAAACGUGCUGUGUCCGAGCACGACGACUCCUCUCAGAGGCUGAUUGUAGAGGUCCAGGAUGACGGGGAAGCGGUCCAGUCGGCCACCGUCACGCUGUCCAUCCUGCUGGAGGACGGUGUGAGCGAGCCCAUGUUGGAGCUGAGACACAAGGCGUCCGAGCCCAGUAAGACAAGCGGCAGAAUCACACUUUAUUUGAUUGUGUCUCUGGCCUCGGUGUCCGUGCUGUCUCUGGUGACUUUGCUCAUCUUAGCGGUGAAAUGCAUGAGGAGCAGCAGAAGCAGCGCUAGUUGCUGCAUGAGACGGACACACUGUGAUGAGGACAAGAAACCCAACAGAAAGCUGCACAUUCAGCUCAACACUGAUGGACCUAUCAAGUACGUGGAGGUUCUGGGAGGAGACGUCAUGUCUCAGAGUCACUCCUUCAGGUCGUGCAUGUCUCCCGUGUCCGAGUACAGUGAUUUCACUUUGGUCAAGCCCAGCAGCACCGCUGACUUUAAGGAGGUCAUCAGCGUCCUGGACGCCUCUUUACCUGACAGCACCUGGACCUUUGAGAGCCAGCAGGUGAGCGCUAUACCUUGUUUGCAAUGCAGGACGACUUGCAGCACUUUGACUCCUUGUCAUGCACACUUUGUCAUUGUUUCUGUUCAGUGAGUCCUGUUUUAAUUACAAUGCCAGUAUGUUGAUUGACAUUCUCUUUGAGAAAUCAUAUUUUGUCAUUAUUCAUAUUAUCGGUUGACAGUCCAGUGAGGUUCAUUAAGUUUAUCAUUCAUACAUUCUAAACUGUAUAAGUCAGCUGACAAGGCACGCCACAGGAACAUCACAUGACCACUCUGAUGCAGCAGACUGGAUGCAUUUAACCCCCACAUGACACAUCAAAUACUGAACACGAAGCCCCAAAGUAUUUUAGUUACUAUUUUCAAUUACAGUAAAAGUUGAUUUUUUUUAAUAUCAUGU